AUGUCCACCUUCACUCCCCCGAAGUCAGAUAAGAUGAGUCGGGAUACAGACGCAUCCAACGACUCUCGAACAUCGACCAUGAUAAGGCCUGGCAAGCCUCAGUACAGGCUUGUUGAAGACGUUGAAGACUUGCACAGAUACUGCCCCGGAGGAUAUCAUCCUCUAGAGAUUGGAGACGACCUGGACGAGGGCCGAUACCGACUGGUUGACAAACUCGGGUAUGGGGGAUACUCGACUAUAUGGCUAGCCCGUGACCUACGGACGGCCAGGUAUGUGGCAGUGAAGGCCAUUACCGGUGAUGCUAGCACCUACACUCCUGAGGCUAGUCUUUUAUGUUCUCUUGGGAACUCGCCACCUGGACCGGGAAGUGAGAUCCUUCCACGACUCUUGGACGAAUUCUGGAUUGCUGGGCCCAAUGGGAAGCAUAGAUGUAUCGUCACUCCACCAGCACGUAUGAGCUUGUUCGAUGCUAAAGAGGCAUCGACUUUUGGUCUUUUUCGGCCCAACGUUGCGCGGUCAAUUAUUGCCCAGCUUAUUCGUGGGGUUGUAUUCCUUCACAGCCGAGACAUUAUACAUGGUGGCAACAUCCUAGUUCAGUUUCCUAAAGUGAUCGAUAGCUUUUCUACCCCAGAGCUAUACAAGAAAUUCGGUGAGCCACAUUCCGAAGCUGUUAUUCGUCUUGAUGGCAAGCCAUUGUCGAAUGGUGUACCCGCACGCAUGUUCGUUCCGGGCUGGUUCGGCGUUCGCAGCGAUGAUAUUUUUCUUGGAGAAGAGAAGAUCACCCUUAGCGACUUUGGAGAAUCUUUCAACCCACACAAAACGGUCAGGUUCUCCUCGAAGACCCUUCCCCUCCUGCAGCCACCCGAGGCCAGAUUUUCUGACAAAUCGCUCUCCUUUGCCUCGGACAUUUGGACCCUUGCCUGUACCAUCUGGGAGGUUUUUGGCCAGCGGCCUUUGUUUGAGGCCUUUUCGCCACUCCGGACCCAAGUAGAAACCCUCGGCGUCUUACCUCCUGAGUGGUGGGGAAAGUGGAGUGGAAGACGGAAAUGGUUCAACGAAGAGGGCGAGCUGGAUUUGAAGAAAACGUCUAGAGGUCAUGAUGGCGUGCGCAUGACCUGGGACCAGAGAUUUGACUACUGCAUACAGGAGCCUCGGGGCGGAGGCGGGCCUAGAAACCGUGGCGGAGAGAGAGGAGGGCGUUCAAGGCGAUGCUUCUGUCGAUGCUGGCCUUCCGGCCAAAUGAAAGAGCGACAGCACAACAGGUUUUGUGCUCAGAAUGGAUGA